UCCACUUUUGCCUUCACCCCUCCUUCCCUCCUCUUCUCUGCUCCCCCUUCUCUCUCCAGAAGACAGCAGGAUGGAGGACAGGGUGUGGACCGCGUGCCUUCUCGUCAUUUUGUCUCUGGGAUGGACCGAGGCUCAGAGUCAGACCAACUCCACCAGGCCGACCUUCCUCUGUGGGGGCCACCUGGUCACGGACUCGGGCAUCGUGGCCAGUGAAGGCUUCCCCGGCCAAUACAAACCCAACAGUAAAUGCACCUGGUACAUCACCGUCCCAGAGGGUCACGUGGUCAUGCUGUCGUUCCGCCUCUUCGACAUGGAGGCCGAGCCCACCUGUCGCUACGACUACCUGGACGUGUACAACGGCCACACCCGCCUGGUGCAGAAGCUGGGACGCUUCUGCGGGACGUUCAGGCCCGGCGCCCUCAUCUCCACCUCCAACACCAUGAUGCUAGACAUGGUGUCGGACGAGGCCACCGGAGGCAGAGGCUUCCUGGCGUACUUCACCGCAGGGAAGCCACACGUGGAAGAGAAUCAGUUCUGCGGAGGGCGGCUGACCAAAUCACAGGGCUCCAUCAAGACGCCCAACUGGCCCAACUCUGACUACCCAGCGGGCAUCAGCUGCUCCUGGCACAUCUCCGUGGAGACGGGCAACGUGAUCGAGGUGAAGUUUGUGAAGCUGGACUUGGAGGCCGACAUGUACUGUCGCUACGACUAUGUGGCGCUGUUCAACGGGGGGGAGAAGGACAACUCGAGAAGAAUUGGAAAAUUCUGUGGAGACAGGAUACCAGGAAUCAUAGUGACCAACGGGAAUGAGCUUCUUGUCCAGUUCAUCUCGGACCUCAGCGUGACCUCGGAUGGCUUCAUGGCCUACUACUCCGCCGUGCCCCGCGGCACCCGGACACCCACCGCCGGGGGAGACUUAAUCUACGGACCUCAGGCGACCUCCACGCCACAAAAGGCAGUCGCGAGGCCGAGGAAACCCAUCAAACCCAUCAAACCCAUCAAACCCAUUAAACCCACCCCCAAACCCAGGGUCCCGGCGAAGCCCACCAAAAAAACAGUGGUGAGGAAACCUCCACCGCGCAAACCUACCGCCAAGCCGGUGGUCAAGCCCGCGGCUAAGCCCAAACCGACCAAACCAACACCAAAGGUACCUGUGAAAAAGCCUGCAACUAAACCCGGAAUUAUACCCACCCCCAAAGCCAAGUCUGUCAAGCCAGCGCUCAAACCCAGCGUCAAGGCUAAGCCCACACGUAAGCCUCCACCGAAGACCAGGCCCAACUUAAAACCUGCCGUCAAACCCGUAAAGCCGACGCCCAAGAGCGGCGCUGACCCAGCCGUCAGGCCUAAGGCGGCACCCAAACCGAAACCGAGCAAAACUGUGACGAAGAAGCCUGUCGUGAGCAAGAAACCUUUACCACUGAGCCCACUGUGUACACAAGCCUGCAAGAGGACAGGGACCCUCCAGUCCAGCUUCUGCCCCCACGACUUUGUGAUCACGGGUAAGAUCACAUCUCUGACUGCUGGCCCGAGGGGCUCAGCGACGCUCAAUGUGUCCGUGAUCAAGGCCUACAAGCCAGGACGGCUCAACAUGGCCAAGUCAGGACCCGCCACGUCAGUCACGCUGACCUCCACCUGCAAGAGAUGCCCCGGGCUCACCAAAGGCCUGAACUACGUGUUGAUGGGAAAAGUCGACGCACAGGGCAACGGCCACCUCAGCCCCUCCAGCUUCACCCUCCACUACAAGCCCAUCCACGCCAAACCACUCGCCAUCCUCUCUCGCAAAGCAUGCUGACAUCGCGGCCCAAUCCACCGAUCACAUCAGCCCCCUCAUUGCCCCAAAGUAUUUCGAAAAAAAUAAACACGCAACCUCACAUAAGGACUGAAAAUAUUUGAAAUAUCCAAAACAUCUAGACAUAGAAUCCAGUUUUUGAGUAAGCAUGAUUGUUAUAUUUUGUAUUUCUUAUGUAUAUUUCUGUGUCAAAAGAUGCACAUUAAUAAACCAUGUACGCCUGGACCAUCACGUGAUCCAUUUAUAGAUGAAUGCACAGUAUCAGACACAUGCAGACAAAGAUGUAUAUUCUUAUGUUGACCAUCAUUAAAUCCACCAAAACACCCCAA